ACUGGAACAACAGUAAGAGCAGAGAGGAAAAAGAGACACUGCCACAAGUGUGAGUCUCGAAUUACAGGAAGGGAAGUGGUCACAGUCUUAUUCUGGUUUAUCUGAUGUGUUGUUUUUCUGCUUGUACAAUGGAGGAUGGGCUUAAUUCUGUGCUUAAGCCAAGUGUCUACUACCUCUAGUACAGUCCCAACUAAGACCUGCUCAGAGCUAACAAGAGGCACCCAGUCAUCUCCAGUGUGAAGACAACAGCGAUCCCUCUCAUCAGUCAACAUGAAGAUUGCAUCCUUUAACAUCCACAGAUUUGGGGUGAAUAAAAUAUCCAACAAGGAAGUCCUGUCAACUAUCAUCAAGAUUGUAUCUCGAUAUGACAUCAUCCUUAUCCUGGAAUUUGUUGUUGCCAAGGAAAGCUCAGCGAACAGAUUCCUGAGUGAACUGAACAAGGCACAAACAGGUCACCAGUACCGCAUGACUCUCAGCACACGACUGGGCAGAACUAGAUACAAGGAGCAAUUUCUAUUCCUUUACCGGGAUGAUUUAGUGGACCUAGUCGAUACGUACCAGUAUGAAGAUAAUCAAGAAGGAGAUGUGGAUGCCUUUGCCAGGGAGCCAUACAUUGUGCGCUUCUCCUGUAAAAACACAGUGCUGAAGGAUCUGGUCCUGAUUCCAGUACGGGCCAAUCCUCAAGACUCCUUAAAGGAAAUUGAUGAGCUCUUCGAUGUCUUUCAGGCCGUCAAGGAGAAAUGGAAAACUGACAAUGUCAUGAUUCUGGGGGACUUCCAUAUAGAAGGCAGAUACAUAUCUGGUAAGAAGAUGGGGGGAAAACGCCUCCGGACUGAGCCUUGUUUUCAUUGGCUGAUUGGCGAUGAUGUCAACACUACAACCAGUAACAAGAAUAAAUCUUAUGACAGAAUUGUGGUUUACGGGGAUGACAUGCUGGACGCAAUAGUUCCAAAUUCAGCUAAACCUUUCAACUUCCGGAAAGAAUACAGGCUGGAUAUGGAAAAGGCUCUCAAUGUCAGUUAUCAUUUCCCUGUGGAGGUUGAACUGAAGACUGAAGAUCAGAUAAAUAGCAGUCUUGGAACUGAAUCUGGAUCUGGAGAAGUUCAACCUGAACCUCACAAGAGAUGGCAAGCAGCAGAUAAGGAAUCUCAAUCAUCAGAGCAUUUGAGGAUUGCAUCCUUUAACAUUCAGAAGUUUGGCAUGAAUAAAAUAUCUAACACAAAGGUGCUGUCAACAAUCAUUAAGAUCGUGUCUCGAUAUGACAUCAUCCUCAUUCUGGAAGUUGUUGAUGCCAAUGGAAAAGCUGUGGAAAAAUUCCUGACUGAACUGAACAAGGUGCAAAUCCACCAUCACUACACUAUGUCUCUCAGCAAACGACUGGGCAGAAAGACAUACAAGGAGCAAUUUCUAUUCCUUUACCGGGAUGAUUUAGUGGACCUAGUUGAUACCUACCAGUAUGAAGACAAUCAAACAGGAGAUGUGGAUGCGUUUUCCAGAGAGCCAUACAUGGUGCGCUUCUCCUGUAAAAACACAGUGCUGAAGGAUCUGGUCCUGAUGCCAGUGCACACCACACCUAAAGAUUCCUUUAAGGAAAUUGAUGAGCUCUAUGAUGUCUUUCAGGUCGUCAAGAAGAAAUGGAAAACCGACAACAUCAUGAUUCUUGGAGACUUCAAUGCAGAUGGAGAUUAUGUGUCCAAUCGGAAAAUGAAAAAAAUCCGUCUCAGGUCUGAACCUGGUUUUCACUGGCUGAUUGGGGAUGACGUCGACACCACAGCCAAUACUGGGAAUGACAACACUUAUGACAGAAUUGUGGUGUAUGGGGAUGACAUGCUGGAGGCUAUUGUUCCACAUUCAGCCAAACCUUUUAAUUUCCAGGAAGCGUACGGGCUUGAUAUGGAACUGGCACUGUACGUGAGUGAUCACUACCCUGUUGAAGUUGAACUUAAGUCUGCACGUUAGGACAUUAAAUCCUGGAAGCGUGAAAUCUGCAAUGUACAGCCACAGCUUGAAAACUGUGGUAUAUGGAUGCUGGGACCAUCUGUUUGUGUAUUUGAAAUUGAGUUUAGUGAAGAAAAAAACAAACAAGAGUAGGGUUUGGUAAGUCGACAGUCAUAUAGAAACCAGAACAGUCUUCAGUUUGGAUGGCAAGUGGUAAAAUCAACAACUCUGCAUGUAGACUGAUUAUUUUCAGCAACUUUAUUACAGAACAUUGUAACAAGGAACAGUGCUCUCUUCUCUAGGAGGCUUUUAAUAAACUUUAUUAUCACAUUGUGAAAAAGCUACUGAACAAACAUCAUGGUCAGCAUUAUUUAGGAACUAAUCAUUUUAAUUAGGGGAAACUUUUUUUUUUCUUUACUAAAUUUUAUAUUGGGACCCACUGGUAACUUCUUAAUCAUGUCUAAAUGCACUCAAAUCCCAAUUAAAUAAAAACAUACCUUUAUUCUUUCACAUUUGUAGUCGUUAGAUAAAAACAAGCAUACCACAAAUCGGAGAUAGGUGGCAUGUAAGGUUUCUUUUGCAUGUAUUUAUUAAUGUUGCAAAGAAAGGAAGUUACAUGAUACAAUAGUACCUCCCAUCAACAUCUGUACACCCCUUACUGUUUGCACUGUAAGUACAUGCUUAAGAAAAUGCAUCUGUUAUUCUGCCAUUUCAUAUGAAACCUGAGAAAUUUCAACAACGUACAUAAAGUUGCAUUUUAUUUGAAAAUAAGAAAUGUAUGAAAGACUGCUGGUUUAUAACUGUAGAAUUGUCUAGCCAGUAUGGA